AUGUCCAAGCCUUCAGAGGCGGAGGAGGCCUUCGACCGCCACGGGAUCUUCCUGCAGGGCGCGAUCCUGGCGCGGGUCUCGGCCCGACGCUUCCGACGCGUGCGACGUGCGGGCGACCGCGCGAGGAGCAGCUUUUUCCAGGACUGCAAGCUGACGCCUCCUGAGAAGGGCUCGGCGCCUGGCAUGGCGUGGGGCUCCAGCGCCAAGGUGCUGUUCCAGGGCCUUUCGCCAGACCCCGACGCGGACGAGCUCAAGGAGUUCUUCGAGAGCUUCGGCUCCGUCCUGGACGGGCGAAAGGUUGGCUCCGGCUGCGUCACCUUCAAGAGCCCCGAGGCUGCGAGGGCGAUCCUGCAAGCAGAGCCCAUGCACCUUGGCUCAGUCAAGGGGCUGCUGAGGUUUCAAGGAAAGCGUCUUCAGUGCAAGGUGCAGGGCGUGUCAGCGUGUGCAAACAAGAGCGACCUCAUGACAAUUGCGAUUGCGAUCCGCACCCACUUUGCAAGCAAGAAGGACGCCUGCACCCCAGCGGAUGUGGCAGGCGAGGCUUUCGACGCGCAACGCCUUGGCAACGCCUUCCUUGGGGCCCAGCGAGUUGCCUUGGCAGUGGAGGGCCUGCCGGAUGCCACGGAGGUGGAGGUGAAGGCCUUCUUCGAGUCCUUUGGGGCUGUGGAGGAGGCGGGACCGCGGGACCCAUCGGCCCAUGGGCUCGGCCCGCAGCUCGAGUGGCCACGAACGAGGCACGGCCAAUGGGCCAUCGAUCGGGCGAUUUCCUUGCAGCCAGGCGCCUCCGCGGAGGUGGUCUUCACGGAGGAGCAGACCGCUGGGGCCUUCAGCCGAAGGGCCUUCAUUCAGCCGGUGAAGGCCAAGAACGAGUUGGCGAUGAGCAUGGCUGACGCAUCCACGAGAGCCUCGGAAUCCCACGUGGAUGAGGAUGGGAUGUCUGAUGCCUCAGCUGCUUCUUUGGGAAACACGACCUCGGCCAGCUCAAAGCUGAGCAAGGCCCGCAAUGAGAGGGACAGAGGCCCUAAGAGGGCAGCGAAGAGGAUCCGAAGAGCCAUGAUCAAGAAAGGCAUGUGUAAGGAGGUUGUGGAUGCGAUGACGGACCAGGAGGUGCUCAAUGCGAGGGAGACCUCACGCCGAACACCGUUUUCAGAUCUCCUCGCAGAGCACUUGGGCAUGGUCUCGGAGGGCGCCGCGGUCACACUCCAGGAGCGGCUGAGUGCGGCGCUUGCCGUGCCUGCGGGCCUGAAGGAUCCGCUUAAGGAAGCGGAGUUGAGCCGGGCGCAAGCCUUUGCCAAGCCGGCGGAGGGAAUCGGUGGCAGGUGCAAGUUCUGUGGUGUGGUCUGGGACCCCUGCCACGCCCAGAGCAAGAACCACCUCAAGGCGGUCACAGAGCAUGCCCUGGGGACACGGCUCUUUGGCCCAGCCUCUUUAGCGAAGAGGCUUGACGCCACUGGGCUCGUGGUUGGCGGGCGAAAGCCGACUAAGCAGGAGGUCCAGCGCUUUUGGGGCGAUGUCACGCUGAUGCCCGUCGUGUUGUGGGACCGCCUGAACAAGGGGGAAGGCAUCCAAUUGCGCUGGGGCGGUGCGAAGAGCAAGGCAAGGCCUGGCGUGAGUGGCCCCAAGUGGCAGGCCCUGCAAAUGCGCUUGACGGAAGCGAGGAAGGCGCAGCGCAGGGAGGCUCUGCCUGAUGAAGAGGGUACCGAGAAGGUCUACCUGCAGAAGGUGCCUAAGGACUGGACGGAGGACCAGGCGACGGCCUACUACUCCCGCUUCGGGAAGGUGGUGGAGCUGGCGUUGCCGUACGACCGGGAUGCUGGACAGUUGCGGGGCUUUGGCUAUGUGACCUUUGACAGCUGCGAGUCUGCUGCAAAGGCCAUUGCCUUCGCGAAGAUCGGGGCGCCCCGCGCGGACUUCACGCGGCCAGGAGAGGCACCUGAGGUGCCGGACGUGUUCAUUCGGGUGCAGAACCUCCCACAGACCAAGAUGCAGUGCUGCACUGAGGUCUGACCUUUUCAAGCUCUUCAUCAGCUAUGGAGUGGCCCGCAUCCGUGACCUGGACUCGGAGGCCAUCGUCGAGUUCAAUAGCUUUGGUGACUGCGCCAAGGCCUUGCAGGAGAAGCAGAACGGCAGGGUGGGUGGCAACCGCGUGAGGCUGUCGCCCGCGACCCGCGAGGACUUCUUUGUGCUCAAGGCGAAGCAGGAGAGGCUCUGGGGCGGCCCGCUGCCCCCAAAGUAGCCGAAAGAUCGGAUGCGAAGGUUUGGG